ACUCAAUAAAGACAAACGUUUUUUCUCUGAUUCUCGCUCGGAAAUGGCUACUCGUGCCAAAUUAAUAGGAGGAACACCGAUAACUAAAGAACAGGCGAUUGAGUUGAGAAAAUGUGUUUUUGGAUCGUCGGCAGCACCACCCCGCGGUGAAUGGACACGAACGCCAAUUUUAUUUGGCUCUUAUAAAGAAGAACAUCCGUACGGAUUACGCAGUCCCAAAAAUGCCAGCAGAGGAUUACAAUCCGUUUUACAAGCGUACAUCAUGAAACACUUUUUGUUUAGCGUACGUCCACGUGAAAAAAAAUCGGUGCCCAUUGAAGUAUUGUUAAAACCGACAGACAUUCAACAAAAUGAUGCUUUGAUUACUGCAAUUUCGGAAAUUCUAUGGAAUAUUGGGGAAAAAUCAAAAGUUGUAGUUGUAUUAACUGGUGAAACCAAUCUCAUACCACACAGUCAUUCUUACUUUCAAGAUUCUGUAACAGAAAAGCUUUUAAUUUUCGAGUUCAUAACACUUGAGAAUUUGGAAAUCUUUGUAAAAAGAUACCUUUAUUUUUUCUGUGAAGAGAAUGGAGCAGGUGCAUUGCUAUUUCUAUAUAGUGCAGUUUUGACUCGUACUCCAGCAAAGAUAAUAACAGAUUUGGAUGGGCCAAAGGGCACAUAUUUAAUGGGGACUGCUGAAGAAGGCUCAUUGAAUAUUGUUACAUUGCUACUAACUGGAAGGGCGACACCAUACUUACACAAUGGAGUCAUUUACGUCGGAGACGAAGAUCACUAUGCGUUGCCACAAUUUGGUAUUUUGUCUCGGUCACCAGUGGGUUUACUUAUCUUGGAAAAUGAAAGUCAUGCAUCGUCAAUUCUAUCGCGUCAGCCAGGUUCAAGGUUAAAAACACCUGGUCUUCCCAUUUGGAUUUCAUUGAUUUGUGGACACUAUGGCGUUAUGUUUAAUUCAAAUCGUGAAUUACUUCGAAAUUAUCAUGCUGAAAAGCGAUUUGAAUUGCAUUACUAUACUUGCGCAGGAAACUACUUGUCGAUGACUGUUGACAAUCGUAACCAAGCUGAAAAUGAUUCAAACAAUGCGAGUAAUGUACCAACCUCAUCUGUUUCUCGAGAUGACGGAACAUCGGCUCUCAUAAGCCGUUUGAUUCACACAAAAUGGGCUGAUGCAAAGAUAACCAUAAAAGGAUCAGCUUCAUCAUCAUUAUUGAUGUAGUUUAAUAGCAUGUUAGUAGUGUGAAAAAGCGGGUUUAAUCCACGUUUAUUAGUAUUAGUGUACACAGACACACACACGCACACACCUAUUUUCUCUCUCUCUAUUUUAUUCAUACACGUGUGUGAAAACCGGUUUAGAUCACUCCCACAAAUGAAUAUUCUCUCACUCUCUCUCAACAUUAUCGUAACGUUGUGAAACUGUGCACAAGUUAUUUUUUUCAACAAGAAAUUACAUUCUGAAAGUUUGAAGACAUUUCAAUGCAAAUUAGGGGUACCUCACAUACAUUUUUUUUAUUUUUAAGCAAAAAUCGACCUUUGUUUUGUUCGAAAUUGCUUCAAACGUUUACAGUCUCAUUUUUUUGUGGAAAAAAUAACCUGUGCAAAGUUUCAAGUCAUUAUGAUUUCAUUCAGAUAUAGCUUUCAUACAAAAAUCCAAAUUUUCGAUGACUUUUGUAUGAAAAGUGUACUAAAUAUUAUUUGAAUCGUAAAACUAACUGCAUAUUCGGCGACAUCUCGCCCAAAACAUACUUAGACGUUAUGAAAUAGAUUUAAAAAUAAGAUCUCUUUUUGAAAUCUGUGAAAUUUCUGCAAAAUGGCCUAACAGUUCUGGAGCUCACACGUAGAACUUCAAAAUUAUAAAUAUUUGGAGAUAGCAAAAUAUUUCGUUUUUUUCUCAUGGUCAGCAAAAUAACUUUCUAGAAAAUAAUGGUGUAUUUUCCUUCCAUGUAUUAGUAAAAAUGUAAGGAAAGUCUUUUGAUGAACAAAAAUUGAUGCUUUGUUUCCCUCUUUAGACGCAUCUGUUUCAUUCCAUGCAUCCAAUAUGAAAGUGAAAGAAAAAUAUAUAUUCACCAAUAUGCAUUCAUUCCAUGCGAAAUUUAAAAAUAUUUGUAAUUUUAUUGAAAGUGAAAAUUGAAUUUUAUUGAUAAUUGCUCAAGAUCAUGAUCAAUAAGAGAAAUUCGUAUGGAAUGAACGUGUAAAAAGCACCCUCAUUUUGAAAAAAACAGAUAUUGCCAAAACAUUGUAUUUGCGAAAAAAAUGGUAAUCUGCGUUUGAUUACACCACAGCAAUAUGAUGAAGCUGUCGUAGUUGAUCAACCAAAUUUUCCCGGUUUAGCUCAAAAAAUUUUGACUAAAAAUCGAGAAGUAAUUCGUCAAAUGAAUCCAAUGCCUGAGUGCAUAAUGGCCAAACCAGAUCGACUUGCCAUCGAUGCGAUCGAUUUGAUUCGUGAUAUGUCUCUUUGAAAUGCCGCCGCUAACAAUGGUGAGAACAGACAAAAAGAACGCUGAAGAAACGACAAAAAAACCGAACUGCAAAAUUUUACGAAAAAGCACAAAACUUUACGAUCAUAAUUCGAUGAUUGCUGGAAAAAUUAAAUAAACAAAAAAAAGUAUCUUUUUUGUGUCAAAAUUCAAGUCAAUUUUUAUUAUAACUGUUUUAGAGACAAUUUGUGCAAAGUUGAUUUAAUCAUUUUGAUUUUGAAUAAAUGUUGUGCGCAAAAAAUCAUGAACAAAAAAAAUAUUUAAAAAAAUAUAAAGCACAGGGGAAUUAAACAAGAAAAAUGUGUCACAUGAUUAGAACUACUAGCUAGUUGUUGGUGUCAAUAUCAUUUUCGUAUGGUUCCAAUAGAGCAGCUUGGUUGUAUACUGGGGCGUCAAUUUUUUGCCAUGAUAGUUUACCAUUUCGUUCUACAUAGUAUUGUAUACAACGGCUCGUACCGAAAUUAUACCCAAACUGUCACACUGCUAGCGCCACGACGGAAUUCAGUGUAAUUUACAUCAAGUUGCCGCCAAAUAGUGAAAAGACUUUUGCUCAGUUGCAAACAACAGACUAGAACUUCAUAGUUGUCCGUAGUGGCGCUAGCAGUGCUACAGUUUUGCAUUUUAUACAGUCUCUUCUGGGGCAUAAUUUCGGUGUGCAAUGGCUUGAUCUAUCGACUUCUACAGAUACAUACAAUCGACAUUUGAUGAUUGGUUUAAUUUUUCCCCAACAUUUUUUUUUUUUGAUUGCGAAAAAUUGCCUCCUUCUCUAUGCGCUUUUGCAGAACCGAAAUAGUGAUACAUCGAUGACAAAUUUUUCAGGAAUUCUUCCAUACAGAAGCAAUCAUAAACCAUACCAAAUCUUCCUUCUCCAUCUGGCUGAGGUUGGAAAUGUUGGCUGAUGUGAAAUGCGUUGUUACAUCCGAAGAAUUGUUCGAAUAUUUGGGUAUCUUUUUGGGAAUUUAUUAAAAUAGUGACCUAAUGGCUAUUUAUAUGGAAAGAGAUGUUUGUUUAAACGUGACAAACUGAUUAAAUGAUAAAUUUGAUAAAUGCAAAGUAAGAGAAACGUGUCUCAAAAGGUGUUCACAAUCAGUGUUGGGACUUAGAUACGAUAGAUAUAGAUAUUAUGAUGUUUUACGAAAACAAUCUAUAUAGAUAUAGAUAUGAUAUCUAAAAUGUGUAUCUAGAUCUAUCUAGAUCUAUCUUUAUCUAAUAUCUAUCUAAAAAAAAUAGAUAAAAAAUUUAAAAUGAUACGACGAUGAUGUCUUCUGUUCGAAUUCGUUCGAAUUUUAUUUAAAACCACGUUAUCAUCUUCAGGUGUAGUUGAAAGACUUUUAAGUCGAUCGUCGUUAAUUUUUACGCCCAGAUGUAACAAGAUUAUAUCGUCGAAUUUCGAAUACAGCUUAUUUAUCAGCUAUAAUAAAACACUAUUAAAUAAUAAAACGUAAUGAAAAACUAUAAACUCUUAUAUUAAUACGACGAUAAUGAAAUGUAUUUUGUUCAAUUGAUAAAAAUCCAAAUAUAUUAUAAAAAUAAUUAACU